AUGUACCCAGCACUCCAGUCGCCCAUAAGCCCUGGCGGUUGGGCCAACGUCAACCGACGCCGCAUUUUCUCGUAUCCCUCACUGGGCCGCUACUGCUUCGUUGCUUGCUGCCUCACACUGCUCUUUUCCUCUCUCCUCCUCUUUCGCUCCUCCGAGACCGCCACACGCCUUAUCCCUCCUUCACUGUCAGACAUAACCCCGCCAUGGCGGAAACCUGCCACCGACUCCGAGCUGCUCGACAUCCUCUCCGACGCCGCCAGUGCAGGGCCACAUCCGGUUGACGACAUCAUUGCAGAUGCCCGCCGGGCCCAGGAGGACCUGCUGAAGCAACGGUCUACCGACCUGAGGAGUGCUGCCGCUCGCUACCGUGUUCGAAGGGGCAGGCACCCGCCGCCUGGGUUCGACAAAUGGGCCGAGUACGCCCUCAAGCAUGAUGCCGUCAUUGUGGAGAAGUUCUUUGAUCGCAUCUACCAUGACCUCCAGCCAUUCUGGGGCCUCGACGCCAAGGAAACUGCGCGCAGGGCUGCCACCGCGGAGCAUGUCGUACGUGUGAGGGACGGGAAAGCCAUACCCGUCGGCAGUACGGAAGGCAGGGUGCCCUGGUUGCAGCUCUGGACGGAUUUGGUCAAGGAAGUCGAGAUGUUCUUGCCCGAGGUCGACAUGCCCAUCAACUACAAGGACGAGAGUCGGAUAUUGGUGCCCUGGGAGGAGAUCAACGACCUGGUCGAGAAGGCAAGGAUCUGGAGGAAGGUCAUACCAGUCGAGGACGUAGUCAAGGACUACAAGGGACUCUCGUGGAUGCACAUCGACAAAGAGCUCCAUGCUUACCAGCCGCAGUGGAUCACCAAAGACUCGCCAAGGUAUUGGGACCUGGCCAGAGUCACCUGCUCGCCAGACUCCCCAAGUCGCAAUGUCAGCGCACUGACCGACUUCUCGUGGCCGCCUGCGUUCCCCGAGGACUGGGACCCGGAGUACAGCGAGAAUGGCUACGUCAAGAACUUCACUGCCGCCUCCGAUCCCUGCCUUCAGCCUCACCUACGCGCACUGCACGGCACAUUCAUCGAGCCGCUCAGCCUCUCCACGACCAAGGAACUCAUCCCCCUCUUCGGCGGAAGCAAACUGCCUAUGAACAAUGAGAUCCUCAUCCCAGGCGCCAUGUACCUCACAGAAGACCCCUUCUACUCCGGCGGCGCAUCCCAUGGCCCGACCUGGGACCAGAAAACAACGAGCAUUUCUUGGCGUGGUGUCGCAAGCGGAGGCCGGCACAAGGAGAGCAACUGGAUGCACUUCCAGCGCCUGCGACUCAUCGAGAUGCUCAACGGCACCACCGUGUCCAACCUCGAGCGAAACGGGGCAAGAGCCAUGACGUUCGACAUGCCCCCGCUUCACCAGUACGACUUCCCCCGCCGGCGCGAGGGAACGAUGGGCCAGUGGCUGUCGGAGCACGCAGAUGCGGGAUUCAACCACCUCAUCUGCUUCCCGCGGGACUCUAACUGCACGUACCUAGCGCCCUACUUCCACGAGGUCGAGUCCAAACCCAUGGCCGAGCAGUACGUCAACAAGUUCAUGCCCGAUGUCGACGGCAACUCUUUCAGCGCUCGCUACCGCGGCCUGCUGCUCAGCAGCUCCCUGCCCAUCAAGAGCACUGUCUACGCCGAGUGGCAUGACGACCGCCUCCAGCCGUGGCUGCACUUUGUGCCCAUGGACAAUACGCUGCAGGACCUGUACGGCAUUAUCGACUACUUCACGCGCGACGAGAAGGGCGACGCCGCCGCGAGGAUGAUUGCCGAGACGGGCAAGAGCUGGAGCGAGAUGGUGCUGAGGAGGGACGACAUGCUGCUGUAUGUGUGGAGGCUGUUGCUCGAAUUUGCCCGGGUCUGCGAUGAGAAUCGAGAUCGGCUGGGCUGGGUGGAUGACCUGAUUGGAGAUAGGAACCACUAA